AUGGUUGCAGUUGACUUUACAGCCUCAAAUGGAAAUCCUCAGAAUCCAGAUUCUUUACACUACAUUGAUCCUUCCAGCCAGUUGAAUUCUUAUCAGAAGGCAAUAAUGGAGGUUGGGGAGGUCAUUCAAUUUUAUGAUUCUGAUAGGCGCUUUCCUGCUUGGGGCUUCGGUGGGAAAACAUUUGAUGGAACCAUUUCACAUUGCUUCAACCUCAAUGGAAGCGCAUGUAGCUUUGAGGUCAAAGGAGUUGAAGGCAUCAUGUCUGCUUAUGCAAGUGCUCUACAUAAUGUUACUCUGGCAGGACCAACGUUGUUUGGCCAAGUGAUUAAAAGAGCUGCUCAAAUUGCAAGCCAAUCCGUUUCAUACAACAGCAAAAAGUACUUCGUCUUGCUCAUUAUUACAGAUGGAGUCCUUACAGACCUCCAAGAAACGAAAGACGCUUUGGUGAAGGUAUCUGAUCUUCCACUAUCAAUUCUUAUAGUGGGAGUGGGAGGUGCAGAUUUUGGACAGAUGGAGGUCCUUGAUGCUGAUAAAGGACAACGAUUAGAGAGCUCUACAGAUCGUGUUGCUACACGUGACAUUGUAUAGUUUAUUCCAAUGCGAGAUGUUCAUGGUAAGUACAUAAUGGCACGCGCACGUAUGGAGCUAAAAAUUGGGUCAAGAUGCAUGUCUUUACCAAACCGAAAGAACUGUCAUAAAAGGUCGUUUUUGGUGCAAUUCAACUAAGACAUUGUGGUCUUGUGACUCAGAGCCACAGUGGUAAUGAUGCACCAUAAUUAACUGCUUUGGAGUGUUGGGAGAGUCCCAUGCUCACAUCUUCCCUAUUCUCAGAAUAAUAAGCAAGAACAAAUGUUUGCUUUUAGCAAAAAAGAAGACAGUCUGUUUCCCAAAAAAGGAUGGAAACUAUUGAGAAAGGUGAUGCAUGGGCCUCAUGCACCAAUCAAAAUAUUGAUCUUGUGGUGGUGGAUGGUAGAUCGGCAAGUAGCCAAAUCAAAGAUAAGGCACGUGGUGAUCAUAAGUGGAUUGACAAAAAUAAAUCGAGAGUUCACACUUCCAGCAAAAUGGUGUCAGGGUAAGGAAAAUGGAGGUGAAAACAAAAUGAAACGACUGGAAAACACUUUAGGGACUGGAGGUGCAAGUAAAGGAGAGUUAACUAUUGAA